UCUCCACCCCCUGUCCUGCUUCUCCAGGGGACUAUAGAAUUUCUGCUUCUCUUUGCAGACAUCAGCAGUUUCAGCUCCAGAGGAGCUUCCUUGGUCUUCUGUAGAAAGACCCAUCUCAGCAUUUGAUUUCAUUUGUCACCAGUGGGACCUGCUUUGCCUCGUCACCUUCCCCGGCCUCCCUUGUGGGGCCCAGUCUGGGCUCACCUGCCAACAGUAGUCUCUGGGUCAUUGGCCAUUGUCCUCUCUAUCUCUCUAACUCCUGAUCUGGACAGGGCCCAGAUGGCGACCCCAGAAGCCUCCAAGGAUGUUUCUCUCUCCCAGGGCAUCCGCAUGAUGUUCUAUGUCAUGAAGCCCAAUGAGACCUCCUUCCCCAGCCUGGAAGAGGUACCUGAUUACGUGAAACAGGCAACGCCAUUUUUCAUUUCCUUGAUGCUACUCGAGUUGGUCCUCAGCUGGAUCCUCAAAGGGAAGCCAGCAGGAAGAGUGGACGAUGCUUUAACCUCCAUCUCCGCAGGUGUCCUGUCCCGGCUUCCAAGACUCUUUUUUAGGAGUAUUGAGUUGUCCACUUAUGUUUAUGUCUGGGAGAAUUAUAGACUCUUCAAUCUGCCUUGGGAUUCUCCAUGGACAUGGUAUUUGACCUUCUUGGGAGUUGACCUGGGUUACUAUUGGUUCCACCGCAUGGCCCACGAGGUCAACAUCAUGUGGGCAGCACACCAGACACAUCACAGCUCUGAGGACUACAACUUAUCCACUGCCCUGAGACAAUCUGUCUUUCAACUCUAUACUUCAUGGAUCUUUUACUGUCCCAUGGCACUCAUCAUCCCUCCUCCGGUGUAUGCUGUCCAUCUCCAGUUCAAUCUUCUCUACCAGUUUUGGAUACACACUGAGGUCAUUGAAAACCUUGGACCUUUGGAACUUAUUCUCAACACCCCAAGCCAUCAUCGGGUUCAUCAUGGAAGAAACCGUUAUUGCAUAGACAAAAAUUUUGCUGGCACCCUUAUUAUUUGGGAUAGAAUUUUUGGAACAUUUGAAGCAGAAAAUGAAAAGGUUUCAUAUGGCCUCACCCACCCCAUUAACACCUUUGAACCACUUCAAGUACAGCUUCAUCACUUGCAGAAUAUUUGGACUACAUUUUGGAUCACACCUGGGUUCUGGAAUAAGUUGUCUGUCAUAUUCAAAGGACCAGGAUGGAGUCCUGGCAAACCUAGGCUUGGCCUUCUUGAGGAAAUCCCUGAGGUCACAGGAAAAGAAGUGCCUUAUGCUACCCAUGUGUCUGGCUUACUCCAGUUGUAUGCCCUUAUGCAGUUUGCUCUGAUGCUUGGGUUUUAUGAGGAUACAUUUGCUGACAAAGACGCAUUGUCGCAGGCCACCCUCCUCCUGAGAUCAGGCUACAUCAUCCUGACACUGACCUCCAUUGGAUUCCUCAUGGAGCAAAGGCCUCGGGCACCCAUUUUGGAAACCAUCCGAUGCUCAUUGUUUUUAAUGCUGUAUCAGAUGAAUUACUUGAAGCCUUUCAUUCCUUCAAUGACAUAUCUUUUUGAGAUUUUAUUCUCUCUCUGCACCAUUUACUGGGGAAUAAGAAGCAUGAGACAACUUGCCUUAGGUCACUCAAAGCAGCCCUGAGAUGGGAUGUCCAUGACCUCCUGUAUCUACCAGGAGGGUGGCAAUGAAGGGGUUAUUGUAAUCUAAUAGAAGAUGCUAAGGUUUCAAUGAAAAGGAAGUAAUUCAACAUUUGACUCUUUACAUGAAGGUUUACUCCAGUGGUCAUUGGCUUUGAUUUAAAUUUUUUUUUGAUUAAUUGUUAUCUGUUAUCAUUAAAAUUUGAUAUAAUUUUUAGUUCAAUAAUGUGUCAACAUCCCCUUUAAUGGUCGCUUCUAUUUCCACUUUUCAAUUAGGCCAGUGGUGGGAGCAUAACUACUUAUGUAUAAAUUGAAGAUUUUAUUUGUGACAGUUCAAUAAUAUAGUCUGCUUUUUCAUGUGAGUUUAUUGUAAUAUUAUUAAAACACAUGCAUGUGUCAUUGCAGCAGGAACUCAAUAGUUUACAUAAGUUUCAUAAGGCAAAUUUUACUUUGACAAGAACAUAAGGGGGCAUUUGGGCAGAACAAUGUUUGACAUGGAAAUCAGAACAUUAUUAGUUUUAAGGUACAAGAAAACUGAAAGGGCCUCUAGUUUAACCCUUUUAUUUACUGCUCUAAUAUUUGGUGUAUAACUGGCAUUAAAUCAAUACUUGCUUAUUUGCUUGCUUGGUUUUGAAGCUGGAGAAAUGCAGACCCAGAGAUGAAAUGAUCUGUCCAAGGUCACAUAAAUAAUAAAUAAGAGGCAUAUUUAAAA